UUAAUCCGUAGAUGGGCCACUUAGCGCAAGUGAGAAUUGAGGUCGUCGCACGUUGAGUAUCGAGCUGUCGUGAUUGGAACUUGGCCAAUUUUAGAGUCUUUAAACGGGGACAUGCUCAGUCAGCUUAAUUGCAUCCAGCACACAUUUUAAAGUCACAAGUAUAUUUUUGACACGAUUAGAACGUUAUGUUAAAUUAAUGUUGAAGGGGGGCUGGGUGGCGUCUCUGCUCGUCCCAGAUUUGUAGCUGUGGGACUAAAAUCAACCUGUGAGUCUGUAAUGAAGGACAAUUAACAAGUUCCCCAAAGAGACGCGCCAAGCUACAGGUUUCUUGACGCAGACAUGGGCAAGCUCCAGAGCAGGUUUCGGAAGCGGUCCGAGCUGUACAGGGCCUCGGAGCCUGAAAAGGCAGCGUCUAACAUAUCGGACAGUCUUGUGGUUCAAUAUGAACCGGCCCAUCGUGGCUCUAUCAACACAGUCACCAACCUCAGUGCUGAUCUUUGCGUUUCUGGAGGCUCUGACCAGGUGGUGGUGGUGUAUGAUUGGAAACAAGGCCACAUGUGUCAGUCUUUCCAGGGUCACAACAGAGAGGUUACCAAGGUAGCGUGUUAUCCGGGAAGCACGUGGAUAUUCAGCGCCUCGCGAGACAAGACGGUUCUCAUGUGGGACCUGAACCAGGGCGACGAGGCCAUUCAGGAGUUCUGCGGCCACCAGUUAGUGGUCAACGGGCUUGCCGUCAGUCCUGAUGGCCGCAAACUGUGCACGGGCUCCCGCGACAACUGCAUGUGUCUGUGGGACAUUGAAUCAGCCAAAUGUGAGCAGAGACGCAACAUUUCCAGAAACCUGGUGACUCAUGUGUGCUGGGUGCCAGGCAGCUCUGCGGUUGUCCAGACGUCAGAGGACAAAACCGUACGGGUGUGGGACAGCCGUUCAUGGCAGGUGACCAACACAUUUCCGGCCAAGCAAUACAUUCAGACCCACUGUGACGUUUCUGACAAUGGAAACUACCUGGUGUCCAGCAGCAAUGGUUUUGGAGGCCAAGGCUGUGAGGCCACUCUAUGGGACCUGCGUCAACCGGGUUGCAAGGUGGUGGAGUACCGCGGCCACCUGCAGACCACUGCGUGUUGCGUCUUCUUGCCCUCGCCACCGAGCGGAAGCGGCGUCGCUCUGGUGGCCACGUCCUCACAUGACAGCUCUGUGAAAGUGUGGGACCAGAAUUCUGCAGUCUGUUUAGCCACGUUAUCGCUAGAUGGCGCCGGUCCUCUGGUAUCUUUGGCACCGAGCGACACCUCCAAUGUGCUGUGUGCCAGCUUCAACAGUGGACUCCAUCACAUCCAGCUUCUCCAAGCAACAGGUGGAAACCUGGACGUUAGAGUGCUCGCACGCUUCUAAGGAUCACUUUGAAUUGGAGCCUAUCCAGGACUACAGACAUCCUGGAUUGGUCGCCCGUCCAUUAUGGUAGGCUGAAUGUCGACCUUGAAUCAAGCAUUGUGAACCAGUGGCCCAUUUUCGUGGAUUUGUCGUAGAAACUUUUUAAAAUGCUUUGUCAUUGCACUGGAGCCAAAUAGAAUAUUUUUGUAGAAUGUAACCUCAAGACUUGUUUGGAAUACUUUCCAAUUGAUGUUUUUUUUGAAGAUCAACAUGUUUUUAAAAUGAAGCUGCAGAACUACCUAUGCAUUUUAUUUUUUUAAAUAGAAAUGUGUUGUUAUAACGACACAUCUAGAUUGUAAAGACUAUUGCAAAUGCAAAAUAAAGCUGCCGUUAUUAAUUUUUUUGUGUAUUAACUCUUUCAGUGCCAUUGACGAAGCUGGAUAUUUCAAUCAUGUGGCCUCCAGUUGUCCUUCUGUUGUAAAUUGAAAUGAGUUUGUCACUGGUUUUUCACUCUAGUAGACGUCCAAUCCAGAGUGGCAGCGAAUGAAUGAAUGUUAAUGUGCUCUUCAAAUGGAUUAGACGUCUAACGCCGUCAAUGGCAGCCAAAGAGUUCACGUAUAUACAUAAAGCAUUGGGAGAAAUACAUUAAUACAUAAAAAGUAGUAUUGAUAAAAAAACAAAAAACAAAAUCUAGAAAAUUAAAUUGUAAAAAUACAGCUAAAAUGACAAAAUUCUCAAACAAAAACCAAAAUGAAAAUAUAGAAAAUUCAUAUUUGAAGGUGAAUUAAUAUUUCACCCAGCACCUCAUACAAUGGAUUAAAAUCGGCAUAAACUUGUACAACUAAAUACAAAUGAACAAAUUUCCGCGUCAAUUGGAUUGUUUGGCCUCUAGAUGACCUAAAAAAAAACAUUAUUUGUAAUAAUUUCAAAACCGUAACAGUACAAACAAAAUGCUUUAAAGCACAAACGUAGCACAAACAGCACCAUUGCGGUUCCGUUCUGCCGUAGAUGAGGGGGCUGGGUGAAGUCAUCAAUACAAAUUAAACAAAAGAAUUUUGCAGCACAAACGAUUGACACCAUUUUUAGCAGAUUUAAAAAUGAGGGGCUGGUUGACCUCAAAUUAACCUAGAAAAGAAUUGUAAAUACCUCAAAAGCGAUAGCACAAACAAAACUUUUUACAGCACAGAUAGGCUCUAACGUAGCACAAAUCAUUUAUUUUUCAUAAAUUUGCGACUGAUGGGGGCAUAACCUCAAGGAGGUUUGCACCAGUGCACGUCAUCAUACUGCGACACCCAAAUUGAAACGUCAUCAACAAUAGGCCAAUAGGAGAUCAGAAUCGCAUUACUGAAGCAUGAUGUGAAAGAUUCUGACUACUGGGAGAGCAAUGUCGUGUUACUGUAGCAUGAUGAGAAAGAGGAUGACUAAUAGGGCAGCAAGACCUUAUGGUGCAACUUUUAAAAGCCGAAAGUACAUACAUUGCGGUCCAUAAUUAUUGGCACCCCUGGUUAAGAUGUUUUUUAGCUUCUAAUAAUUUUUUUUAAAAAAUUCAAAUAAUAUGGGACCUUA